AUGGCUGAGACGGACUCCAGAGGUGCUAAUGAUGAGAUGGAUGGGAGUGAAGAGGCUGGAGAGCAAGGGAGAGUAGUUGGUGGUGGAGUGCGUCAAGGCUGCCCACUAGCACCAUACCUCUUUCUGUGCGCUGUGGAGCCUCUGGUGCAGAAGGUGGAGAGGAGUCAGCUGGGUUUGGAUAUCGCCGGACAGCGCCUGGCAUACCUCGGGUAUGCAGAUGACACAAGUUUAGCUCUGCAGGGGAGGGAGCAGAUCAACAAGGCGGAACAAAUAUUAGACGAGUUUCAGCAGCAAUCCGGUCUCUCGACCAACAAAGCGAAAACGGUGGUUCUACCUCUGGGUCUAAACCUUGGAGCUUUGGAAAGUGGAGACUUCAAGUGGGCGAAGCCUCAAGAGGCAGAAAGGCUACCGGGGGUUCGGGUAACACCAGAUGGCAGCGGACUUCCCAUCUGGGAGAAGGCAUUGGGGGAGAUCACUAAGCACUUGAUAAGCUGGAAGCAGAAAUUUCUCACGGAGAAGGCGAGAGGGGCGGUGGCGAAUCACUACAUUCAGCCCGUGAUGACCUUUCAAGUGCAAUUUUACCCGCCACCUUCAAAAGUAUGGAAGGAGCUGGAAAGGUUAAUACACAACUUUGUCUCGGGCAACAAAGCAACGCCCACAAAGGUCUUUCUGCUGUGGGGCAAGGAGUUGCUCUACACCCCGAGGAUGGACGGCGGGUUGGGGGUCCAUGACCCAAGUGUAACACUCGCGUGCCUGGCCACCAAGAGAGUCGGCUUGAUGAUGACGGAAGCUGAUCAGCUUAAGAGGGAAUUGAUGGUGCGCACGGCUGAUCUUCCGUUAGGUCUUGACACCUUCACCUCGCACGAUCGCCUCCUGCGCAACUGGGAAGGGAGAAGCCAGCGCUGGAAGCAGACAUGUGAAAUUUUCAUGGAAUCGCCCCUUAGUGUUUGGUCGGUGGAGAUCACGCCAGAGGAGGUCGCAAAGGAGAAGCUGGUCUUCAACCGCGCCAUCAUGAUGGGAGUGACAGCCCCGGUGGGCGGGCAAAAGUAUGCAGAGCAGCUGUGGGACUGGGUGAUGGGUGACCUGGUGAAGUUGAAACAGGACGGCAGCUGGGAGCAGAAAUCCAUGGCGGAGCUCACAGAGCAGCUCGGUGGGAAGGGGCCUGCCAGGCUCGUUCUAAAGGCUUUCACAGCAGCACCAGGAGAAUGGAGGGAGGCUCUCGUGACCCCCUGCACGAACCCGGCUGGUGGGGUUUUGGGAGCAGUAGCAGUCCUCCCGCGCAUCCCAAUCCUGGAAAAUGGGGGAGUGAUUUCGCAAAAGAGAAUGCGGGAGCAUUGGGAGGGGAAGCAUGCGCAGUCACAUCGGAUGCUACGCUGGGGGGCGCAAAUUCAGAGCGCGCCGAGUGCUGAGGAGGAUUCUGUUCGCCUUCCGUUUACACGCGAGAGUGUUCAUGAAAGCACGCUUGACAGCGUGGCAGAAGAAAAGGAAAUAGGCGCUAGAAGGCAGUUUCGACAAGAGCCUAUUGGCGGAACAACGGGUGAUGAGCAAGAUACGGCUGGCGGGAGAGAAGAAGUGGACGUGAACCGGAGGUCUCAAGUCCAUCUGGACUAA